UUGCCUUUUAUCGAUAAUCAUAGCUGACUUCCACGUAGAACUAGAAACGUGCCAACCAUACAACUGUUUGGUCCGUGACAUAAUGAGCAGCACAUACAUAUAACAAUGAUGCUCAGCGUGUCACGCCAUAGUCGUCAGACUGUAUAAAGUCGACCAACCCGGUCCUUGUCGCGUAAAAGUGCAACGCGCCCGCGCGACAAGGUUAGGGUUCGACGACGAAGGCACUUUCUUCAGUCGCUUCGCUGACGUCGAGUCGACGUUUACUCGUAGCUUUUCUUACGUUUUCCCCCCCUUUUUUUGCUCUCAUUUUCUCUCCCCCGCCCGUGUCGACGGAUCAACCGGCAACGAACGAAAUCGGCCGAAAUCCCGAGUCCGGCCGGUGAAUGCUCGACUCGGAGUACCAGUGAGUGCUGGAUUCCUCACAUUCGCGCCGGGUUCCUCGCCGAUGUGAAUUCACCUUCGGAUCGAGGUCGGCGAGUUCGUUCUCUUGCAUCUCCUCCGUGUCGUUUGCGCACCCGCGCAAAAUACGCGAGUGUGCUCCAGCAAACCUCGGGCAUGUCGUCCGUUGCUCGGAAUCGGUUCCUGUCGGCACUCAGUGUCGCGCGGCGCCUCGUCGCCGACGUCACCGUUGCCGAUUACGCGCACGUAACACACAUAAGCGUGCGCCGCGGGAAUACGGCGUGCUGGAGAACAAUGGAUUGUAAUGUACGAAUGGUGCAUUCUGCAACACAACCGACAAACACAUGGGUCACAAGCAAAGAUGAAAGUCGAGAGAUGAUGGCAUUGUGGCCAGAUGUUGUUCGCGAUCUCACAGAUUCGACUAAGAAUUUCAUUAUUUCUGAUGUCACCAAAUGGAUGGCAAAAAUAUUACAGUACAAUGUUCCAGGAGGAAAAAAAAUUCGUGCUUUAACAUUAGUCUAUGCCUAUAAGGUACUAGCACCAAGUGAUCAACUUACAAAAGAAAACAUUCGUCUUGCUCGAAUUCUAGCAUGGUGUCUGGAAUUGUGUCAAGCCUUUGGACUCGUAGCCGACGAUAUAGUAGACCGAUCGUUACUUCGUCGAGGCAAACCAUGUUGGUAUCGAUACAAUGGUAUAGGCCUAGCGGCAAUUAAUGAUAGUUUACUGUUAGAAUGUUCUAUAUUUUAUCUAAUUAAAAAAUAUUUCAAAGAGAAAGAUUGUUACGUUAUUCUACUAGAAAUGUUCUACGAUAGUAUAUUGAAAACAGUAAUGGGCCAAAGUUUAGAUUUGCUCUCUACCAAUUUUGGCAAGAAACCCAAUCUGGAUCUAUUUACAAUGAAUCGAUAUAAUUCCAUUUGUCAUUACAAAGCAUCGCACUUUUCUUUUAUUUUGCCAAUAACCGUAGCAAUGCAGUUAGCUGGAAUAAAAGAUCCAGAGAUGUUCAGGCAAGCAAAAACCAUUUUGUUAGAAAUGGGGCAUUUGUUUCAAGUCCAAGAUGAUUAUUUAGGUUGCUACAGCGAUGUUCAUGGCAAGGAUUGUACUGAUAUACAAGAGGGAAAAUGUACAUGGCUGAUUGUUGUAGCUCUUCAACGUGCCACUCCGGAGCAGCGUAAAAUUCUAGAAGAAUGUUACGGCUCUCCAGAUCCGGAGAGAGUAAGACGCGUGAAACAACUUUUCACUGAUCUUGGUUUGCCUAACACUUAUUCCAUAUAUGAAGAAGAAACAUAUAAUCUACUAAAUGUACAUAUACAACAGAUAUCAUGCGGGCUUCCACAUAGUCUUUUCUUGAAUUUAUUAAGAAAGAUUUAUCACAGAGUGUCAUGA